UUUUUUAACAAAAAUAUUUGUUUAAGCAGCACUCACUUCUUAUAUUUUAAGGUGGGUCAUCUAUAUUUUUUUGUUCCUUCUAAUUUGUGUUUAUAAUAAGCUUUUGUAGCUGGGUGGUUCUGUUGUUUCGGAUGCCAUUUGGUGAUGGUUUGUUUGAUUGUUAGUGGCUUUGGGUUUGGUUUUGCGCGGGUACACUUAACUCACUGUAACUAACUGGCCAUUCUUAUUUUCUAGGAGUGAUAUCGAUGCCGUUUGACUAAGGUUCUUCGAAAAUUUCAUAAAGCAAAUUAGAAAAAAAGAUCAUGCUGGGUGGGAAUUGCCGCUCUUCCUCUUCUUCUUGUCCUUCUCCUCCACAAUCAAGUUCCUUACGUACUCUUGACAAUGGGCUGCUACAAAACAUAAUCAAUAUAUCGCCUAGACUCUCCUCCCAAUUAAUUCCUUUGGAGAGGACAGUACGGCACCAAAGUUCCCCAUCUCCGGACUCUGAGAAAGCAGCAAGUUGUCGUUCCAUCAUAGCAAUUCCUUCCAACAACACUACAACAUUAAAGUCUUCUGUAGAACUGAGGAAGGAGAUUGCUACACUUGAAGCUGAUAUUUUGUGUUUGGAACGCUAUCUUCUUUCACUUUAUCGGACAGCUUUUGAAGAGCAUCUACCGACAUUAUCAAAUAUUACUGGGACCUAUUUACAGUUGAAGGCAGGAUCUCCAACACAAAUUGUACCAAAUCAAUCUUAUUGUAAAUUGGAGCCAGAAAUCCAGAAGGAUGAUUUUUCUCCUCAUAGCCACGCUUCUCCUGGACAUGAUUCAUUCACUUCAGAUAAUAGAAAUUCUGCAGCUUGUUUAAAAGCAGCUUCUACAAGGGAUGAGAAAAGAAAAGGUUCUGGUCAUCUCAGCCUCGCUGAUCACCUUUGUGCCUCUCGCUUGGAGAACUACAUUAAUACUCCAGAAAGACUCUCUGAAGAUAUCGUGAGAUGCAUAUCUUCUAUAUACUGCAAACUCGCCAGUGCCCCUCACAGCAAUGCGGGCUUGUCAGCUUCCCCCACUUCGUCUCUGUCCUCCUCAAGCAUAUUUUCUUCUAAGAAUCCUUGUGAUAGUUGGAGUCCAAGUUACCAUGAGGAUGCUUCCGUACAUAAAGGGUUGAAAGAAGAGAGAGGACCACAUGCUGCAAUUGAAGUACUGAAGAUAUAUUUAGAUGAGGAUAGUUUCAAUUAUGCUGCCGAAAUGCUACAAAAUUUCAGGUCAUUGGUUCGAAGUCUUGAGAAGGUUGACCCGACGAAGAUGAAGCGGGAAGAGAAGCUUGCAUUCUGGAUCAACAUUCACAAUGCCUUGGCUAUGCAUGCAUAUUUAGCACAUGGAACUAGUAAUCGUGUAAAGAGUACCUCCAUUUUAAAGUCAGCAUACAAUGUGGGCGGACAUUGUGUAGAUGCAUACAUCAUUCAAAGCUCGAUUCUAGGAAUUCGGCCACACCAGUCAGCACCGAGGCUACAAACGCUGUUUUCUCCAGGAAGGAAAUUUAAGACUGGCAACACCAAGCAUGUAUAUGCCUUAGAAUAUCCAGAGCCGCUUGUUCAUUUUGCACUUUGUUCAGGGGCUUACUCUGAUCCUGUGGUUCGAGUUUACACUGCUAAGAGUAUAUUUCAUGAUCUCAAACUUGCAUUUGAAGAUUUUAUUCAAUCCAGCUUGUGCAUCCACAAGGAAUCGAAGAUUUAUCUCCCAAAAAUUGUAUACUACUUUGCAAAGGAUAUGUCAUUAGAUGUAUCAGGGGUCUUGGAGUUAAUAACAGAUUGCGUAUCAGAAGUGCAACAGAAUGCUAUCAGAAAAUGCAUCAAGGGAAGGUACGAAAAAUGUAUCAAUUGGCUACCACAAAGUUCAACCUUUCGGUAUCUCAUCCACAGAGAAUUAGCUGAAGGGAGAUAACCAUAUCCUUAAAUUUUUUUGGGUCUAUGUAGGAUAAAUAACAAGUCUGCUUGUUUAUUUUGUCUGAUAAGGGGAAUGUGUAAGCUGAAUAGUUGUAGUAGAAAGAGGAAGUUAUAUUAUGUUUCUUGCAAUAUAAGCAGAGUGGUUUUAUGUAGUUGUUGUACAGGCUUUUAGAGUGGGUCAACUGAUUUAUGUAUAAAACUGUUUGGUGGGUUCUCCAGAUAGUCAGUAUGUAAUGCAUCAACCAACAUUAUUAUUUGUUUGUAGAAAGACUGGAAACCAUUGGUUA